GGUCUCCGUUAGAUAAUUUCUGGGCACUGCUUCGAUAAAAUCUUCCGCCAUUUCUAGGGUUCUUAUUAGGGAUUUGAUUUUUCACAUCUGGAUCUACAAAUUCUCCGUUCUGGGUUAAUUCAAUUUCACGGAUAUGGUGAGGAUUCAGAAAGUAGAAUCGUUCUACGCGAAGCUUCGUGAGUCAGCUACUUCAUUAUCUUCACAGAAUCCACUUUUGAUAUUUCCUUCAACAUCUGAUGUUGAUUCACUUUGUGCCCUUAAGGUUAUUACUCAUAUCCUCGAAUCAGAUUCGAUUCAGUAUUCUUGUUUUCCUGUAUCGUCUUUUUUGGAGAUUCACAAGUAUGCUGGUCCUGCUGGUUUGUCUUCUUCUUCGUCUGAGUCUCCUCCUGUUACUAUACUUUUGAUUAAUUGGGGUUGUCACCGUGAUUUGAAGGUCGUGUUGAAGUUAGGUCCCGCGGCUCGUGUUUUUGUUGUUGAUAGUCAUAGGCCUAUUCAUUUGCAUAAUCUUAGUGAUUAUAAUGAGCAAGUUGUUGUUCUUCAUACUGAUGAUGAUGAGAGGCAAGCUGAUUUGGCUUAUGAUUUCGAUGUGUUGAAAUUGGCGAAUGAGAGCUUUCAGUUACAUGUCGAAGAAGGGGGUGAGUCUGAUGAGGAGGAGGAGGAAGAAGAAGAUGAGGAAGAGGAGGAUGAUGAUGAUGAUGAUGAUGGAGAUGGUGAUAGGCCAAGUAAGAGGAGGAAAAUGGGAGAUGGUGUGAAGGUUUUCAAGAAGUUAAAGAGGGAUUAUUACAAGAUGGGGACUUUUCAUGGGAAGCCAUCGGGAUGUUUGUUGUUUGAGCUAUCUCAUAUGUUGAGGAAGAACACAAAUGAGUUGUUGUGGCUGGCUUGUGUUUCUUUGACUGAUCAGUUUGUUCAUGAGAGGUUGACUGAUGAAAGAUACCAAGCUGCGGUUAUGGAGCUUGAACAACACAUCAAUAGCUCAGGGAAUAUAGAUAAGAUCACUUCUGUUACUUUGAAAGAUGGAACCAAGGUUCGAGCACCUGACUGUUCAAGAAUCUCUUAUGAAGAAGAGCCUAGGCUUAUGCUUCUCAGGGAGUGGACGUUGUUUGACUCCAUGCUUUGUUCUUCAUACAUUGCGACGAAGUUGAAGACAUGGAGUGAUAACGGCAUCAAGAAACUUAAGCUUCUUCUAGCACGUAUGGGAUUUGCGCUGAUCGAGUGCCAGCAAAAGUUUCCAUACAUGAGCCAUGAGGUGAAAAGGAAAAUGAAGCAAGAGUUUGAUCGGUUUUUGCCAGAAUAUGGGCUUAAUGAUUUCUACUACCGGAGUUUCUUGCGGCUUCAUGGUUAUAGCUCAAGGGUCUCUGCCGCAGAUGUUGUGUAUGGUAUUACAGCACUUCUUGAAUCAUUUCUUGGGUCAGGUGGCUCCUCUGCUUCGAAACAGUUUGGUGAAGCUUAUGAUGCUUUGUCUUUGAACAAUUUGGAUAAACUUCGGUCUGGGAUGCAACAAGCAAUCAAGGUUCAACGAGCAAUUCUUAGACAAGGAAGCGCAGCAAUCACCAAAACCGGAUGCAUCCGAAGUGGUAGGAAAUUCAGAUGGGUAAAGAUUGAAGAUUCCAUGGAUGCUAAGUAUUUGGGAUAUCCUCAGGCCUUAACAAAAUUUUGUUACUUUCUAAUGGAUGCUUUGAGAGAGAAAGGAGCUAGGAUGAAACCGAUGCUAUGUGCCUGCGCAUCUCAACAACCUGGGAAGAUACUCGUGGUUGGAGUUUGUGGGAAGCCGAGGCUCGGGGCAGUCAGAGGGAAUGCUUUUGGCAAUGCUUUCAGAAAGGCAGCUCAAGAAAGUAGAGCUGAUUACUUUCACGAGCUUUUCGAGUCUUCAUGGAUUGUCUUGGAUGCUUCUGCAGUUAACUCUUUCAUGAUUAGAUUAACUGAGAAGCUCUGACAUAGGAAUAGGAAGGACUCAUGAUAUCUUAUCGUUCUUCGAUUCAAUGUGUUUUCUUUUACAGUUUUCAGUUUUUAUCUCACUGUUUUCAUUUUUUACAAGCCUGUGUAAUAGGCAGAAUCUGUUAUCAAUCAUGUAACUUGUUUAAUCAAAUAACCAUAGAGUU